GAUCGCGACACUUUUUACUUAUUGUGCUUAUUUGCUAAGGUUGAGUAGUUUGUGUCACCAGAGGAAAAACAUGACAUGAAGUCUCUGAAGUGAUUGCCUUCCUAUCUGUGUGACCAAUCUGAAUCUGACUCAGAUAAAAAAAAAAAAGGUUUCCAGCGUUGGUUCACUUCCUUAUUUGCUGGGUGUUGUUUUCAGCUCACGCAUUACUUUUUCCUUUCACCUCUUCUCUCUUCUAAAACAACAUGUGGGGUCACGAGCAGCGGAAAAAGUACUCCAACUCCAACUUUAUCACUCAUGAGACGUCGCAGUAUCAUGUUGAGCAUCUCUCAACAUUCGUUAUGGACAAGUCAGAAGCGAUCAGCACGAUAGACGACGCCAUCAAGAAACUGAUUCUUCUGGACUCCAGGGGGAAGAUCUGGACCCAGGAGAUGCUUCUGCAGGUUACAGACCGAUCAGUCAGACUUCUGGACUGUGACACUCAGGAAGAACUGGAGAACUUUCCUCUGUCCACCAUCUGCCUCAGUAACACCGUUCCCAAUCAGACACGCUACCCAUCGGUGCUGCUGCUGGUCUGUCAGGAGAGGGACCAGCCCAGACCAGACGUCCAUUUCUUCCACUGUGAUCAGGUGGAGGCUGAGAUGGUUCAUGCAGACAUAGACAGUGCUAUCGGAGACCUGAAACAUGGGAAGAAGAUGAGGGCUGAAACCCUGAGAGUGAACCAGGAGAAAAUGAAGCGGCACAGAGAGACCAUCCUCCCCCCCUCCUCCCCCAGGGGGCCCCCACCUGUGGCCAACCGGCGAGUAGCAGCCGCUGCAGAUUCUCACGAUCCUCGACUCGCUGGACCGACUGAUGCUCAUUUGGAUGAUAACCUAACGCAGCGCAUUGAAGUGGAUGUGCAAAUGCUCAACUGCGCGCUGGACGACAUCGAGGUGUUUGUGGGGCGGCUGCAGAAAGCAGCAGAGGCCUUUUCACAGCUCAACCAACGCAACAAGAGUAAGAAGAACAAGAAGAAAGGACCAGCAGAGGGCAUGCUGACCCUGCGGGCCAAGCCCCCCCCUGAAGCUGAGUUCUUGGACAGUCUGCAGAAACUGAAGCUAGCCUUCAACCUGUUGGCCAAACUGAAGAAACACAUACAGAACCCAACCGCUCCUGAACUGGUUCAUUUCCUGUUCGGACCUCUGGAGCUGGUGCUGCAGACGUGUGGAAGUCCUGAACUUAUUCGUUCAGUCAUCUCCCCCCACCUUUCCAAGGAUGCUGUCAGCUUCCUGCAGGGAAUCCUCACCCCCAAAGAGAUGUCCAUAUUUGAGCAGCUUGGUGACGGCUGGACUAAACCCAGGGCAGAGUGGCCCAGAGAACAGUGCGCUCCUCCUUAUUACCCCAAGUUUCGAAAUGGAUGGGAGCCGCCUGCGGAGCUCUUCCUGACGGCUCCAUGGGAAACCGAGGGACCAUCCCGACCAGUCGGGUCGCCUGCUAGCCCUGACUACAGGAGGCAGUCAGCUGACGAUUAUUAUGACACUCUUCCGCCAUCCAAUGGGAUGCCCGGCAACCGUAAAUAUGCCAGAGUCCUUUACAGUUUCGUUGCAAGGAAUCCCAACGAGCUAUCAGUGCUGCAGGACGAAAUCUAUGAGGUGUUAGAAGAUAACAAGCAGUGGUGGAAACUACGAAAUCACACCGGCCAGUCCGGCUACGUUCCAUUUAACGUCCUGGAUGUUGUAAGUGAAGAGGAGCGAGGUGAUCCCUACAGCCAGAAUGACUACAUGGCUUCACCAACAGGAUCGCUGAACCACAGCUUCAACAAGGGAAUACAGAAAGACAGAAAGAUGGAUGAGGUGAACAGCGAGCUGUUGAUGAAGAUCACUGCAAACAAAAAGCAGGAGCCCAGAAAGGUGCAGAUAAAGCGCUCCACCGUCCCCCAGGUGCCAUUAAACUCUCACUCAGACGCAGAGCAGGUGACGGCGUGGCUCACCGCUAAAGAAUUCUCUAAACCGACCGUAGAUUGCUUGGGAAUCCUGACCGGAGCUCAGCUGUUUUCCCUGAACAAAGAGGAGCUGAAGGCCGUCUGUGGGGAAGAAGGGGGUCGUGUCUUCAAUCAGGUGUCUUUGCAGAAAGGACUAGUAGAGAGAUCUCAGGGUGACUCUGAGCUGCUGGAAAUCAUGAGGCGGAGGCAGGAGAAGACCGACUCCACGAGCAGCAUGGACUGAACAUGAGGAGCAGCGCAUCCUUCUGCUCCUCGUCUACCUUCUUUCCUCCUUUGCAGCUUUCAAAGUGCAGCAGCUUAAUAAUCAACGAACUUUUUCUGAUGAUCCUCAGUUAAAACCAAAAAGAUUAAACAUGUUUGAUUUCAUAUUUAUUUUGUAAAAUGUAAAAUGUUUGUUAUUGAAAUGUUUCCAAAUGAUGUCGCAUCCUUUUCGAUUGAAGAGCUGUCCUGCUGACGAGAGGAGCUUGAUGUACAGUUUGGAGCCUGCAUGACAUGUUGGAACGCGUCUCUAAGCAGGACGUCUUUCUUCCAAUGCGCUCGUUUACAGAAUGUGUUUGUAGAAACAUCUGAUCUGUUUUUGCUUUUUGAAAUCAGUGCCAGGAUAUCUGACAUACUUCCUGUUUGAAGCCAAUUAUCUUCAUGUUGAUGCUAACAGAAAAAAAUGGAAAAUAAAUGAACUUUUUUGUUCUGUGAGGCAGAA